GGAACAGACUGGACGAAGGCUCUGACGUUGAAUCCGAACCAGACCUGCCUUUGAAGCGCAAGCAACGUCGCAGUCGAACCACUUUCACGGCGGAGCAGCUGGAGGAGCUGGAGAAGGCCUUCGAGAGAACCCACUACCCAGACAUCUACACACGGGAGGAGCUAGCUCAGAGAACCAAGCUCACCGAGGCCCGAGUUCAGGUGUGGUUCAGCAACCGAAGAGCGAGGUGGCGCAAACAGGCAGGAGCAAACCAACUUGCGGCUUUCAAUCACCUGCUGCCGGGGGGUUUCCCACACCCAUACCAACUGCCGGACUCCACCUACCCAACGACCACCAUUUCCCAAGACGGGGGAAGCACUGUACACAGACCCCAGCCCCUGCCGCCAUCCACCAUGCACCAAGGGGGGCUUGCCGCAGCCGCCGCUGCAGACACUGGCUCUGCCUACGGGGCCCGACACAGCUUCUCCAGCUACUCGGACAGUUUCAUGAAUGCUGCAGCUCCUGCCAACCACAUGAAUCCUGUUAGCAAUGGCCUCUCUCCACAGAAGCAGGGUGCCCAAAACAAGAUGCAGUGCUCCAGGUGGAACCUCACCAUAGCCUUGAACAAUCAGGUAAUAACUUCCCAUCGCCUUUUUUUCUAA